AUGCUGGAUGAACAACUAUCACACGACAUCGGCCGGACUCUCGACAGAGCCAACAUCCAGAGGCCGUCAUCCAACUACGUUCUUUAUCCGACUGGCACUCCUCCGAAGCCUGGUCUUCCACCGGCACCUUUUUAUGGCCCCACCGCUCCAUAUGAGCUACCUGCUUGGAACUUCGCCAACGAAUUCCCGCCUUUACCUUCCAGGAAUUGGCAUCCGACUCCACUCCACCCUCAUCUUCCCUCUUGGUGCCCCGAGCUACCCUCUUUCACGAGGCAGAGACUGACGUGGAAUGAUCUGCCGCUGUUCUUCGAUCUAUCCGCACUGCCGGAUAAGGGAGUACCAUCCAAGCCGCCGCCCUCAAGGUGCCAGGACGUGCAGCUGUGGCAGCCCAGGUCAUAUCCUGAACCCAAGAAACAAUCGCGUUUCUUCCCGCCUCCUGCUCCCGUCAAGCCGAAAAUGAAGUCUCCUUCUCACGCCUGCAAGCUUCACAGUCUUGAUCGAGGGGUCGAACACGAUACGCCAACAUGCCCACCGAAACUCACAAAUGCCACGAACUUGGAGAGCGAGCUGGCAGCUAGCAACAGCACACCCGCGAAUCUCUGGCACAUCCUAACAACAUGCCCUCCCCCCGCCUCUCGUUACAAUACCCUCUACCACCCAUGGAACCCAAUCUACGCCGCCCCUUACGGCACCUUCGACCAUCGACUCGAAGCAAUCGGCCGUCCCAUCGAGCUCGCCAACACCGACCUCCCCUUCGUGCAAAGCAACAGUCUGACAGGCCUGGCAAACUCCCAGGCCGACUUCCCCUUGCCACACGUCGACGACCUCGCGCUGAUCUUCGACACGAGUCCGCCGGUGAACGAACCAACAAGACUGAACGAGCCAAUGGUAGACCCUUACUACCCUUCCAACCAUGAAGCCGAUCUCGCGUCCCUGCCGCCCCUACCUCCUUCUCCCGAGCCAGAGGUAGCGCUGCCGGUACUGGCGGUCAACAUCCCGGCUACCUCAUUCUACCCCGGGGGACACGUCUACCCCGGGGGACACGAAGUCAGUGAUUCAGGGCCACAGCAAAUCGACGCCCACUUCCGCAGUGAGGAAGCGCUAUUCAAACCACCGGCUGCGCUGCCGAGCGUAGCGCCCGCUCCUGUCCCAUCUCCGAUCUCUGAGGACGGAGAGAUUCUCGACGUCGCGCUGUGUCUGCAGAUGGUCGGGCGCGAUGCGGAAGAGAACUGCAGGGCUCAAAGUUCCAACGAAGCGGAGACGUCUCUGUCGACUUCUGUCGUUCUUGUGGACGACGGAUGGGACAUAUUCGACGAAGAGGCAGACGAGAGCUGGGACUGGCGGGAGGAUACUUUUUGCGAGGCGUGGGAGGCGGAGUGGGGUGUGUUUGUGACGGGGGAGGAUAGUGGGUAUGAGAGUGAGGGUGUGGAUGGAUGCGAGGAGGAGGAUGCGGUGUGGGUUCAGAGGUGGAGGUGGGAGUGUGGGAUUGAGAGGGAGCCAAGCUGGAUGGCUCAUGUGGCUUGGUAG